AUGUUAACCCAAACGCCAAAGAGUAUGGAAAACGCACUCUUCAAGAAUAAGUACGACUACAAAGACUUCGAAACGUACCAGCAAGCACUUCUCUUGGGUCUCUUGAAUCAGUACUGUUCUUUCACUGUCAAGAAACAACGCAAGCAAACAACCAUAGCACAGUCAAUGCCUUUACUCAAAUGUAUCACAUUUGAUGGUGAAGAGAUCGAUCUCAUUGACUUUUCAGACUCAUUCUGCAGACCUCAACUAGAAGCCGAGUACAUUCGGGGUUUAAACAAACAAACUGCAUUCAGGCGAUAUGAAAAGAACAAGAAGGUGAUUGUUAUUAACACACUUUACGACAUAUGUCUUGAGAAGGGUUACUUUUUCAACUCCAGACUUGCAAGAAAGUCGAAGAAGACAAAGAGACUCGACCGCAUUGAGCAAGUAUUUGCUAAUGGAAAAUUGGUCUAUUCACAAGAGGAGUUGGUUGCUAUAGGAACUGAAAUCAACAAGUACUUAGUCGACCUCGUCGAAGUUAGCUUUGAGGCCACUGUGAAAAAGAACGACCCAACCAUUCAGGAAAUCCUUCAACUGGUUGUCAACUCGACUUUCUCCCAAUGA